CUGCAGCUGAACUCUCGCUGCCAGGAUGGGCAAACAGAACAGCAAGCUGCGCCCGGAGGUCAUGCAGGACUUGCUGGAGAGCACGGACUUCACGGAGCACGAGAUCCAGGAAUGGUACAAAGGCUUCUUGAGAGACUGCCCCAGCGGACAUUUGUCAAUGGAGGAGUUUAAGAAAAUAUAUGGGAACUUUUUCCCUUACGGGGAUGCUUCCAAAUUCGCAGAGCAUGUCUUCCGCACCUUCGAUGCGAAUGGCGAUGGGACAAUAGACUUUAGAGAAUUCAUCAUCGCCCUGAGUGUGACUUCGAGGGGGAAGCUGGAGCAGAAGCUCAAAUGGGCCUUCAGCAUGUACGACCUGGACGGAAACGGCUACAUCAGCAAGGCAGAGAUGCUAGAAAUCGUGCAGGCAAUCUAUAAAAUGGUUUCCUCUGUAAUGAAAAUGCCCGAAGAUGAGUCAACCCCAGAGAAAAGGACAGAGAAGAUCUUCCGCCAGAUGGACACCAAUAGAGACGGAAAACUCUCCCUGGAAGAGUUCAUCCGAGGGGCCAAAAGUGACCCGUCCAUAGUGCGCCUCCUGCAGUGCGACCCAAGCAGCGCCGGCCAGUUCUGAGCCCCACACCCACCGAUCCAAGUGUAGAGCUGCUUGUGUUCCCUUUUGAUUCUUCUUUUUAAUAAUUUUUUUGCCAAACAAUAUUGAUGGUGAUGCUGUCCCCUGUGCGGUCAGAUGCGCUUUCCUCCGUGACACCUUCAGCUUCUUUUGUCGUGGACGCUUCGUGGGAAUGCCCAGAGCCCCAGCGUGCUUGUGGGGAACAUGGACAGACUUCGUGGUGUUCGUUGUUUGACGAUUUUUAAUUGUUACUAUUAUUAUUUUCUUUUGAUUCUAAUGUCUCUCUUCUAAAACCUAAGACUCGGGGUGGUGGGGGUGGCAAGAGAAGGGAAACUCGUCCGGCCCAGUGACUCCUCUGUAAGCUUUGAGGGGCUUUCGUUUGAAAGACAGAACUCCCUGCCUGGGCCUGCCGUGGCACAUGCGUGGGGGUGGUGGGCGGCACCAGAGGCUGGAUUCCCCAAGAACAAGUCACCCUCUGGG